AUGUCGGCUACUACGAAUGCCCCUCAGGUUUAUGGUGGUGAUGAAGUUGGUGCCGUGGUCUUGGAUGCUGGAUCUUUUUCCACCAGGGCUGGUUAUGCUGGAGAAGACUCACCAAGAUACGUAAUUCCGUCUUAUUACGGGUACAAUGAACAAAAGAAAGGAGAUUUGGUAGAGGACACCGCUCUCGAUUAUGCGAGUAUCACCUACAAAACCAACUACAAAAGAAGAGAAUACACAUAUUUUGGUGAUGAAUCGAUACAUGUGCCUCGAUCACAAACCCAAAUCAAACCGAUCAUACACGACGAGAUAAUUGAGGAUUGGGACGCAGCCAUUGAAAUGUUCGAUUACUUGUUCAAUAACUUAAACGCCGACAUUGAAGAACAACCAGUAUUCAUGACCGAACCAGUGUGGAAUACCAAAGUUAAUAAACUCAAGUCUUUAGAAGUGUUUUUGGAAUUUUUCAAAACCCCGGGUUUUUAUUUGGGUAAAGCACCAUCCUGUACCGCGUUUGCUGCCGGUAGGCCAAACUCUUUGAUUGUGGAUAUCGGUCACAACGUCACUAGUGUCACCCCGGUUCUUGAUGGUAUGUGUUUGAGUAAAAACACCAUGAAAACUCAUUACGGUGGGGGAUUUUUGGAUGCACAAUUAAGAUGCUCAUUUAUGCAGCGAGGAAUUGAUUUGAUUCCUAGAUUCCAAAUUAACUCUAGAACCUUUACGAAAUAUUCAUUAGAGCAAUUACAAGCCAAGCAAAAAGUGGAGCCACAAUUCCAAACCAGUAGCUUAGUGCCAGAAAAUAUCACAGAAUCAUUCAAAGAAUUUGAAAAUCAAAGAAUUUAUAACGAGAUGAAAGAGUCAUUGAUUGUGGUUCCGGAAACUCCUAUUUCUGACUCGUCGAAAUUCGACUACCAGUCGAGAUAUUUUGAGUUGCCAAAUGGUUUACAAGUAGAGUUUGGUGACGAGCGCUACAACAUUGCCAAUUCUUUAUUUGAGCCAACCAAUUUUAUCAAUUUCUGGAAAAAACACCCUGAGUACCAUCACGAUGAUGAUUUCGACUGGUCCACCGGUGAAAACGGUGAAUUGGACGAGUUAGACAUCAAUAACGAUUACGUUCCUUUGAAACGUGGUAAAAAGAAGGAAGACACUGCAGAGUAUUCUGAGGGCGGCCCCGUGGCCUCCGAUGGUACAGGCACCAAUAAUAACAAUAAACCUUCGAACUCCAGUGCUGCCUCAAAAAAUGCUAAGGUUGCUGGUCUUUCUAGUCUUAUCAACAAAACUAUCUCUGCUCUUGAUGUUGAUAUCCGUCAACAAGUGGCCCAUAACAUUGUUGUCACUGGAGCAACAUCAUUAGUGCCAGGGCUCACUGAUCGACUCUUCAAAGACUUGGGCGACACCAAUCCAGGAUUGAAGAUUAGAAUCCACGCUAGUGGUAAUACCAGCGAGAGAAAAUAUCAAAAUUGGAUUGGUGGUAGUAUAUUGUCGAGUUUGGGUAUUUUCCAUCAAUUAUGGGUUAGUAAGCAAGAGUAUGAAGAAGUUGGUGGUGAAAGAUUAAUCACUGAACGUUUCAGAUAA